CUCUCUCAUCAUCCGCCAACCUUACUACCCGUCUAAGUCUGACUAAGAAUAACCAAAACGUCACUCAAUUUAAUUACUGUUGUAGUAUCUCCAACCCCUUCGCUUUUCUCUCCAAAUCUCUGCAACUCUGCUUCUCCACCUUUAUCGCACAGGUUCUGGAAAUCAGUCGCCAUGAAAGUUCCUCUUUCCCAAGCUCAAGAGGAUAUGAUCAAGGAGGCAAAGAGCAACUAUUUUGAUUUGCCAGGCUUGGAUGUUUCCAUCGCGUUUCCCCAAGCAACCCCAGCUUCCAUCUUCCCCCCUUGUGUGUCAGAUUAUUAUCAGUUUGAUGAUCUGUUGACUCCUGAGGAGCAAGCUGUCAGGAAGAAAGUACGAGAGUGCAUGGAAAAAGAAGUUGCUCCAAUAAUGGCGAAGUAUUGGGAGAAGGCAGAAUUUCCAUUUGAAGUGGUUCCAAAGCUUGGAGCGUUGUGCAUCGCCGGUGGCAGUAUCAAGGGCUAUGGUUGUCCGAACCUCUCCAUUACUGCAAAUGCCAUUGCUGCAGCUGAAGUUGCAAGAGUUGAUGCCAGCUGCUCUACUUUCAUUUUGGUUCAUUCUUCUUUGGCAAUGCUGACUAUUGGACUGUGUGGAUCAGAAGCACAAAAGCAGAAAUAUUUACCAUCUCUUGCAGUCCUAAAGACCAUAGCAUGUUGGGCUCUGACGGAACCUGAUUAUGGUAGCGAUGCAAGUGCUUUGGGAACAACUGCAAGGAAGGUUGAGGGAGGCUGGAUUCUUGAUGGGCAAAAGCGCUGGAUAGGCAACAGUACUUUUGCGGAUGUUUUAGUUGUUUUUGCUAGAAACACCUCCACAAAUCAGAUAAAUGGAUUCAUCCUAAAGAAGAACACUCCAGGUUUACAAGCUACUAAAAUAGAAAACAAAAUUGGCCUGAGAAUGGUUCAAAAUGGUGAUAUUCUAUUGAAGAGCGUUUUUGUCCCUGACGAAGACAGACUUCCUGGAGUUAAUUCUUUUCAAGAUACAAGCAAGGUGCUUGCUGUUUCGCGCGUCAUGGUCGCCUGGCAACCUAUUGGCAUAUCAAUGGGCGUUUAUGAUAUGUGUCACAGGUACCUGAAGGAGAGGAAGCAAUUUGGUGCUCCAUUGGCAGCUUUCCAGCUCAACCAACAGAAACUAGUUCGCAUGUUAGGUAAUGUUCAGGCAAUGUUUCUUGUUGGUUGGCGUCUAUGCAAGCUGUACGAGAGUGGAAAAAUGACUCCUGGUCAUGCUAGCAUGGGCAAGUCUUGGAUUAGCUUGAAGGCUAGGGAAACUGUUUCUCUUGGGCGAGAAUUACUUGGUGGCAAUGGAAUUUUGGCUGACUUUCUCGUUGCAAAGGCUUUCUGUGAUUUGGAGCCUAUAUACACGUAUGAAGGUACUUACGACAUCAACACCUUGGUAACAGGCAGGGAGAUAACUGGCAUUGCCAGUUUCAAGCCAGCUGCAUUGAGCAACCGGAGCCGUCUCUAAACUUGCUCGCACUCAUGCCCAGGAUGCUAAAAUCAUGCUUCAAGUUGGGGGAUCUGUCUAAGUUGUGGCCAACAGUGGAUCUUAGCUGGGCUCUGAUGUAUAAUUUAAGGAAACCAACAUAAUGGAGUCGCAAGCAUAAAGUUUACUUGCCCCAGAGAAACUGUUGUUUGUGACCAGUUUAAGUUCUUGUAAUAAAUUUAUCUACUAAAUUUUGCUGCCUAUUGUUGUUUGACACAUAUUUUAGUAUAUCGACAUUGCAUCUCCAGAUUAUAAUUCAUUAUAUUUGCAGUGUGAA